UUUAAGAUGCUUUCUUCUGGGUCUUUAUUCUCAUCAACAAUUAAAUAAAACGGCUUUUCUUGCUUUACAUUUACUGCUCUCCAAGCCUGGAUAUGUCUCUCAUUCUCUGUGCUUCCAUAGACAAAUCACUUCCUCUCUGGGCCUUAAUUCUAGGCUCUAAAAUUCUCUCAUUCCACAGGGAAGCGGGUGCUGAGUAACUGCAUGGUCAUCAACUGGCAACAAAUACUCUCAGUUGAGGUUGAGGAGGAACCCCUACAAGGAAUGUAGCUCCAGGUUGUCAAGUGUAUCUUGGUGCCAGGAAAGAAUUGGAGGUUAUUGUCGUUGGGUUCUAUUUUUAAAAUCAAGUGAUAGGUGGCUGGAAUGUGGCUCCGGCAUUCAGGGUCUGCCCAACCAUUUCUUACAUCCCAAUAAUAUCCCGAGGGAUAAAUCCAGCCUUCUUGGGCUCUCUUUCCCUGGAGAAAGCGAAGUUGCCUAUAAAGGUUUUUCUUUUUCUGAAAGUUCAUGUCAGUUCCCCAAACCAGGUGAUGUCACUUCUGAAGAUAUUUGCCCAUCAGCAGCCUCUCAGAGAGGAAUUUUAAAUGUUGCCGUGACGUCAAAGUGCCCCCAAAGAGGGACUCGGGCCAAGGAUUGCCUGUCACUCUUGGGCAGGCCCUGCAGAGGAGAAGAUAACAGAAAAACAGAGUCCCUGCUCCCAGUAACAGCAAUGUUCAGGGGGCUAAAGAAGACAGCCUAAAAGCCUCUUGAAGCAAUUUGAAUUCCAAAGGAGAGUGAACUUGACACAAACAUAAUGCAUUUCCAGGGGCCCACAGUCUAGCUGGCAAAUACCAACUUUCAUUAGACUUCCUGGUGAUUGUUUCUUGCCUAGUCAAAAUGUCAGACUCUUCCAAGGAGAGCACAGGGACUUGUGGGGACGUUGGGAAGCCCAGGUUGCCCGUAAGUGGCAGGAGUUGUUUAAAUACCAUGGACAAAAAAUUGAACUUGCUGAAUGAAAAGGUAGACAAACUUUUGAAUUUCCAAGAAGACGUGGCAGGAAAACUAGAGAGCGUAUAUCAAGGCAUCGGCAACCUCGAACGGGACAUCAGCAAGAUCGCGGCGGCUUCGAAGGCAGAUCUCCCCUGGGAGGGUCUGACUCAAGCCCCGGCUCCGACGGGCUGUCCUGAGAUGCUGGAACUGGUGAGGGCUGUGCAGCAGGACACUUCCCGACACAGCACCAUGCUUGAAGGGCUAGUCAAGAUGGUCACCGCGGUGGACAAAGCCAUGGCUUUGAUCGGAGUGCUUUUCCACAAUUCUAAAGUGGUGGAUUUCAUUCUGCAAGGCAGUAAUCCCUGGAGGAAAGGAAGCUUAGCUGAGGCUGAGAGUCUUGAGGAGAACAAGGAGAAAGCUGAGGAGAAGGGGGCUAAGCCAAAGCAGACCCUUAGCACUCGAGGAGUACAAGCUGAGAUCAGGAGGCCUUUGGAAGAAAGCCAAAAAGCAGAGUUGCCAGAGGGGAAGGACAAGAGGCUGCCCCCAGUGACCUCUAAAGAUCCUCAAGUUAACUCAGACCCACUCAAAGGGGCAGGAGCCUCCCUGAGGAAAGAAGAUGGAGCUUCCCCUCAAGCUUCUUGCCAGAGGCCUUCAUCACCCAAAGAUGUAGUAUCUAAAGACCCAGAGAAAGCUGGUACCAUCUCUCUUGUGCAUCCAGAUGGGGCAGUGACUGUUCCACAAGGAAAAAGUAAAAUCUCCCCAGUUCAGGUGGCGCCCGAGGGAGUGGAACAAGGAGGAAACACGCCUGCUUCUUCGUCAGAAGAGGAGGCAAAGCCAGGUCCAGGACACACCGCUGAGGUCCCAGGAGCUUCUUCUCAGACCGUGGGAGCUUCGGGUGGAGGGAUGCCUCCAAGGUUUUCCAUCCAUGUUCAAGAGACAGAUACACCCGGGGAGAUGCUGGUGAGCCGCACAGGAGGCCGCUCCUCAGAAAAGGCCCCUGGACCCAAAUCCUUAGCAUCAACAUCCCCUGAUGGGGGAGGAAGUCCAAGUGGACAGGAUGUAUGGGUGCCCCUUGGCUCUUUCCAGCCCUCCAGAACUGAUUCCACUGUUAUUGGCCUUGAAGGGAAGUCUCCAGAGACAGGACAGAGUGAACACAACCCACAAGGCAAGAAGAGGGGAAGCUUCUCCCUUGGGACUAAUGACCAGAAAGCAGAGGAUAAAUCUGAGUCAGAAGCUGGGUUGGCAAUGGGGAACACCACUGGCCAGGAGGAUAGGAAAGAGGCCACUGGAAGUUCAGCUGAGGAAGAGAAAAGCCCGGGAAAUGGAGCCCAGGAGCCUGAAAAUGUAGCAACUGUAGAAGGGGAAACCAUGGCUGCAGGAACGAGUAUGCACUGUGAGAAGGCAGGUGGUCUGGUGCUGGAUGACAGCCCGGCUCCCCCAGCCCCUUUUGAACACCGGAUAGUGAGUGUCAAGGAAGUACCGAUCACCACAGGCUACACAGUGUGCCAGCAUGAAGUCUUAGGAGGGGGAAGAUUUGGUCAAGUCCACAAAUGCACCGAGAAGUCCACUGGGCUCUCUCUGGCAGCCAAGAUCAUCAAAGUAAAAAAUGCCAAGGACCGGGAGGAAGUAAAGAAUGAAAUCAACAUCAUGAACCAGCUCAGUCAUGUGAAUCUGAUUCAGCUCUAUGAUGCCUUUGAGAGCAAAAACAGUUUUACUCUGGUCAUGGAAUAUGUUGAUGGUGGCGAGCUAUUUGAUCGAAUCACAGAUGAAAAAUACCACCUGACAGAGCUAGAUGCUGUCCUAUUCACCAAACAGAUCUGUGAGGGCCUCCACUACUUGCACCAGCAUUACAUUCUGCACUUGGACCUUAAGCCAGAGAACAUACUAUGUGUAAGUCAGAUGGGAAACCAAAUUAAAAUCAUCGACUUUGGGCUGGCCAGAAGGUACAAGCCCCGGGAGAAGCUGAAAGUGAACUUUGGUACCCCAGAAUUCUUGGCUCCUGAAGUGGUGAACUAUGACUUUGUCUCCUUUCCCACUGACAUGUGGAGUGUGGGUGUCAUCACAUAUAUGCUGCUCAGUGGCUUGUCUCCAUUUCUGGGGGAAACAGAUGCAGAGACAAUGAAUUAUAUUGUGAAUUGUAGCUGGGAUUUUGAUGCUGAUGCCUUUGAAGGGCUGUCAGAAGAAGCCAAAGAUUUCAUUUCUAGGCUCCUGGUUAAAGAGAAGAGUUGUAGAAUGAGUGCUGCACAAUGUCUGAAACACGAAUGGGUGAAUAAUCUGCUGACCAAAGCCACAAAGUCUAAAGUUCGGCUCAAGUCCCAAAUACUUCUACGGAAAUACAUGGCUCAAAGAAAAUGGAAAAAACACUUCUAUGCAGUGACUGCUGCCAACAGGCUUAGGAAAUUUCCAGGUUGUCCUCAAGCCUCAUCUAUGCUGCUUUGAACAUUCUGCAAUACUGAAGGCUAGAGAUGAAACUAAGAGAGAAAAUUCUUUGUAUAGUGAUCUGGCCUUUUGCUAUUACUGUAUUUGAUUUCCUGUUUUUAAAUUGUUUAAGUACUAUGACUAUGACUAUGGCCUGGAUAUGAACUUGCUAUAAAAGAACUGCAUUAAAAACUUUACCAGGUGAUGACAGUAGGCAUGUUUAAUGGGUUAGGGAAAUAAGAUUCUAUUUUAAGAGUGAUUAGUAUCCGUUUUUAACCUGUUUUGAGUUACAAUUAUAGUAGUAUGUGGCAUAGGGGCAAGGCAUUCAGUAUUUUCCUACGGUAUUAAGUGGAGAUUUCUUUUUGGUUUUAGUUGUUUAGGUGGUAUAAUGAAGUUUCAAUACAGGGAUUCUUAAUCUUUUUUGGGGGAGGGUUAUAGUCCCCUUUGGGAGUUUGGUGAAGCCUAGAAACCCCUUUUCAGAAUAAUGCUUUUAAAUGCAUUAAAUACAGAGGAUUACCACCCCCUGCCCCCCACCAAAAAACAAAACAAAACACAUCAUAUUGAAAGUUAAGAAAAUAUUUUUUAAAAGUUUAUGGACCUCAGGUUAAGAACCUAUGUUUAGAGUAUAGCAACACUGGGUUAGAAAUCAUGGGAACUGGUACCAAAAACCAAGAGAUAGAAGAGAAGUGUUUUACAUGAUAUUUUCCCAAAGGAAUGGGAUUGAUUGUUGCUCAAUUUUUAAACCAAAGUAUACGGCAAUAACAAAAUAGUGGGGAAAAAAUUUUUAUAUAUAGUUCUUUAUAUGCUUAAAAUUUGAAAUACAAAAUGCAAAGUUAUAUAUAUACACACAUAUAUCUGAAUAUAGGUAUGUACAUCUAUAUAUACACAGACAUACAUAUAUAUAUAUAUGUAAGGAGAAAGGGAAAAAAUGAGAAAUAAAAACAGCAAGUGACUUAGAUGGUUUUUAACUCAAUUUUUGCCUUACUGUUCUAAAUGUGAAACUUGGCAAGUAGUUUUGAAAACUACAAGUAACUUUUCAAGUCCUCUCCCCCAAACCUGUAACUCUAAAGCCUUUGGAUACUUAAAAGUUGUCAGAAACCAAGAUUCAAUGUUAGGGCUGUUAAACAAACACUGAAUAGAAGUAAUAGGGCAGAAGAUUUUGGCUUAAUUUAAAGGAAUGAUUUUUCAAUACAAGAAUGAGUUGUCUUGUAAAAUGAAGAGAGCCAGCCUUGAGCCAAGAGGACCUAGAUACCGCUAAUAUAUUGGCUGAAUUCUGGGCAAUAAUUUAACCUUCCAGUAUUCUAGGCUACUCUCAAAGAUUGAAGUUUCAGAAAAGGUGCCAACAUGCAUUGGAAGAGGGAAUUUUCUUAUUUGAGAGUUCCCUAUACCACUGAAAUCACAGAUCCAGGCUCUAUUCUAAUUAAGACUAUUAUUUACUUUUAUUUUUCUAACUCUAAACUUUAGAACAGUUUUCAUUUCUUGUCCCAGGUCCUAUGAACAAAUUUUAGGGGUUUUAGGUUUACUAGCAACCUGACUAGAAAUUUUAUUAUUUUGAAUAAGAAUUUUUCACACAGGAAUAGUAAAAUUUUAUGUAAAAUUAGAAUGCAAAUUGAUAAUACAAAGCAAACCUAAGCCCUGUUUAAGAAAAGACUCUUUUAUAAAUUUCUCCAACUCAUUAAAGGAAAAAAAAAAAAAACCAGCUUGAAACACAAAACUGCUUGAGAAUAAAUAAUGAGCAUUAAUAGAAUAUCAAGUCUGUUGAAAGCCAGCAAUUUUUCCUCAUUGCUGGUUUUUAUUCCUAUUUUCAUUCCCAUUAGUUGUUUUCCUUUCAAGUUCAAGUAAGAAAGCAAAUAUUAUAUUGCAUACAGAUACUGGCAUUUUUGAUUGCUAGAUGACUUUCCUUCCAAAAGGUGGGGAAUUGCCAUUCUCAGAUUGAGUAUAAGCAUUAAUAUUUUUAGGAAACUAAUUUUGCAAACUUUACUUGUAGGUUACAAGUUACAACCAUAUAGUCAAUUAGAUAGUUUAUAUUUUUGUCUUAUAAUUUUUAACCUUAUCCUGCUCAACUGCUCUGUGACUUAAAAAAAAAAAAAUCUCUAAGAUUCUUUAAAAGUGCUUUUAGUCCCUUCAGAUUUCACACAGGCUGUGUAUUUUGCAAAAAUUGGAACAUAUCCAAGUGGUGGCAGAAGAGUAAUGGAAUUGAAUAGAGAAAGAGCUGGGUUCAAAUCCUGGUUCUAGGGCAUCCCUGUAUUUGUGACCACUGGUAAAUCCUCAAACUUCUCGGUGUUCCAAUAUAUAAGAAGUUAUAUAUGAGCUGCUCAUCUACUUUACCAGUAGGGAAUUUCUGCAACCAGAGUAUAUAAGUCAAUGAAAUCAUAGGUCUAGAGCAAAUAAACAAAUUAUGUGCCUACCAUAAGCAUCUAGUAAUAAAAUGAAAUUUUAAAAACUGGGCUCAGCACUUUUGUGUUUUAAUUCUUUGAAGAUAUGUAAUUAAAAAGUAACCAACUAACCAAUAUAAAAUUCUAUAUGGUACCACUUCCCAGAUCUUUUCACCUUCUAUGAAGGCCAAAUGCCAUAGGUUUAUUUUUUAAUGUUGAGUGUAUAAGUGCUGCUGUGUCUGUUAGCUUGUAUAUAUCUGAAGCUUAAGCACAAAUAAAUCUUGGUUCAUUUCUUGA